AUGUUGCGAUCCUGCUGUUUACGGCGCCGAAUUGGCGAUGGCUUGCUCUGGCACUCUGCAUUGAAGCCCCACGCUUCUGGAGAAUUCUCGAUCGCGGUCGUGCAGGCCAAUUCUAACCUAGAGGAUCAGAGCCAGGUCUAUGAUGCAGAAUUCGCCACCUAUGUCGGAGUUUACGACGGCCACGGCGGUCCCGUAGCCUCUCGAUUCGUCAACCACCACCUCUUCCUUCAUCUCCAAAAAUUUUCCAAGGAGCAAGGAGGAUUGUCGACAGAUGUAAUAAAGAGGGCUUUCAACGCAGCUGAAGAGGAUUUUACUCGUUUAGUGAAGAUAUCAUUGCCAACCAAUCCGAAGAUUGCUUCAGUUGGGUCGUGCUGCUUGCAAUUUCAGAAUUAUUUGAUUGAACCCAAUCUUGAUACGGGAUAUUGUCAGAAUUCCACCAAAAACAAGAAACACAAACCGGAGUUGUCGAGCGCCCAAGAGAUUUGGGUCGGCGAUUACUCCCAGCGAAGGGGUUUGCUGAACGCGAGAGAGACUGCAUACGAAACCUCUCAGAGACUAACAUCUGACGGUGUAAAUUUGCAGGGAAUAGCCAAGAGAUUGGUUGCAGCUGCCAUUCAGGAAGCAGCUAAGAAGAGAGAAGUGAGGUACAAGGAUAUCAAGAAGAUGGAGAGGGGAAUCAGGAGGCAUUUUCAUGAUGACAUUACUGUAAUUGUGAUUUACCUUGAUCACCAAAAGCAUAAGCAAGGUGCAGUUGGCUCUACUACUCCACCUAUUGAUAUCUAUUCCCAUAACUCAGAUGAAGCCAUGGGAAGUUCCGGCGACAAGAUUUUUCCCAAUGAGGAAUUGCAAGCAAAGGUAUUAUACUGAUUACUGACAAAAAGAAGUUUAUGUUGUAUAGAGGUUUGGUGUUAGAUAAAUUAGUGCACACAAGGAUUAUAGCUAAUUUUGAAGCGUGGGUUGUAAUCUCAAUGCACACUUUCUUUCUUUCUUUCUUUCUUUCUUUCUUUCUUUUUUGGUCUGAAAUCAGUUAUGGUUAUUGUUUUUGCUGUCAGUGAACUGAUGGUUGAGUUUA